AUGGCCAAUACUUCAGGACUACACAUCUUCGCCGACUCUGGCGUCCCCACAGACACUGCUGAUCACACCACCCUAGUCAUACUACACGGCAGCACAAUCCAUAGUGGAAAUUUCACACGUCUGCUGCCCCUGGGAAAGGCUCGCCAUGCCCGGAUCGUCCUCGUCAACCGCCGCGACUACCCUGGGGCCGUACCGUACACAGAGUCGGAGCAGUUAUUGCUCUCAGAUGCACAUUCAGAUGACGAGGUCAUCAAGAGUAACCUCGCUCUCUUCAUGAAACAACGCGCGCAAGAACUACUCGGAUUCCUAGUGGAGCUUGUACAAGCGGGAGGCGUGACGCCAGCUGAGCCCAUACGGAACAAGGGUGGGAUCGUCGUCGCGGGCUGGUCCUUGGGACAGGCGUGGAUGACUGCUUUACUUGCCCCCGCUUCUUCUUCCCCUGCCAGCAGUCGUCUGCGCGAGUACAUCAGGCGCGUUGUUCUAUACGACCCGCCCAGCUUUCUGUUUGGUUACCCGCGACCGUCGGAUCCAUACGACCCAUUCCUGCAGUCUGCUGCCGAGUAUGGAGAUCCCCAGAAGAUUUUGGAUUGGGUCAGUGGCUACUUCGAUCAUGGCCCCACGGUCGACACCCUCGUGCGACGCAUUCCCUCAACGUCCCCCACGCCAACGCUCCGGACUAUACCGCUCGAGGAGCUCCCGAGGAUGGUGCAUCCACCUCCCGGUCAAGAUGGGGGCUCUGACCACUUGCUCGUCGUGAACGGUCAUCGAGUGGGCUUCUUCGGGGGCUUUUGGCAGGACGCUCUCCGUGUCUCUCCCGAGUCGACGGAAGACGCCUCGGAGGAGUGGCGCGACGUUGAAGUCCGACUGGUCUACUGCGACCGUUCGACUUGGGAGUGUGUGCAUGCUGCGUGGCAUACGGAAAUCGAGCAGGAGGAGGCACAGAAGACUGGGCUUCCUAUCAGGAAGUUGUUCCUUACACGCAUACGAGGAGGGAACCACUUCGUGCAUUGGGACUAUCCAGAGGAGACCUUAGUCUCAAUGCUUGACGAAGAAGCAGUGGUCACUGUGGGAAGCAGGCUUGCUUAG